AGAAACGCCUAUGCUGAUAUCGGCUCGUAUUCUCCUUUAUAAAAAAAUCUGACGGAAUCUUCUGCGGUCGAUCCCUUGGAGCGAUUUUAUUUCCUCCUCGGAUUGUUUCGGACUUCUCGGUCAACGUGGUACAUGUCGGGGCUGUAGCAGCAGCAGCGGCGGCGGCAGAUCGCUGCGUGGCGGUUUCCGGUGUCCGUCCGUCUGCAGGAGGAUGGCGUCCGGCUUCAACCGCAUCCCUUCCACCGCCGGUGCUCCGAGCCCCAGACAAAUCGAAAGCUAUCGACCUCAGGCUGGCGACGGCAGCGAAAACCGCCCAUAAUCACGCCAGGUUUUCUUACUUAUCUCAGAGGAGGUGUGUAAACGCAGAAAUAGCACUCGGCUUCUCUCGGUGGGCCACCUGUAUUUCUCCAACCACAUCCACCCUCCAGAAUCUCCUGAGCACUGAGUCCCUGCAUGCGAAGUGGAAGGAUGACGGAGGCGUGGCAGCAGCAGCAACACGCAGUGGCUCCACCCUCUGUUGUGCACACGCUGGCCCAGACGGCCGACAACCCACUGGGCUGCACCGUGUACGGUGUGGUCCUGCAGCCGGAUGCCACCCUGCAGCAGCCGCAUAACGGCCAGCAGCACGCGGUUCAAGCCCAGCAGCCGGGCCUACAGGUAGGGGGCGAGAGAGGGCACAAAUGUGGAGCCUGCGGUCAUGACAUCUCACACCUGGCCAACCCUCACGAGCACCAGUGCAUGGUGACCCAGGACCGCUCCUUCCAGUGUACGCAGUGCAUGAAGAUCUUCAGCCAGGCGACGGACCUGCUCGAGCAUCAGUGUGUGCAGGUGGAGCAGAAGCCUUUUGUGUGCGGUGUGUGUAAAAUGGGCUUCUCGCUGCUCACGUCCUUGGCUCAGCAUCACAACUCGCACGGCAACGGAAACAACCCGAUGAAGUGCUCCAUCUGUGAGAAGACCUACCGGCCCGGGUCUGGAAACGUCACCCCAACCUCGUCAGCUGCCAACCCUCAGCAACCCUCCACCGGAGAGUCAUCCGGUGGCGGCGGCGUCAUCAGUGCCUCGUCACCGCCUUCGUUUGAAGCCUCUGCCCCGGACAGGCCGUACAAAUGCUCAGUGUGCCACAAGGCAUUCAGGCAUCUGUCAGAGCUGACCCGCCACGAACGAGUGCACACCGGUGAAAAGCCAUACAAAUGUGACACGUGCGAUAAAAGCUUCAGCCAGUCUUCACACCUGGCACACCACCAGCGCACUCACAGCUCUGAGCGGCCGUACAAAUGUGCCGUCUGCGAGAAGAGCUUUAAGCACCGCUCUCACCUCGUGCGGCACAUGUACGCUCAUUCGGGCGAGCACCUUUUCAAGUGCAAUUUGUGCGAGAUGCACUUUAAAGAGUCGUCCGAGCUCCUGCACCAUCAAUGCCAGCCUGAGGGCGAGAGGCCGUUCCGCUGUGGUUCCUGUGGAAAGAGCUUCAAGCGGCCUUCCGACCUCCGGCAACAUGAGCGCACCCACUCUGAGGAGCGACCUUUCCAGUGUGAGGAGUGCCAGAUGAGCUUUAAGCAGCAGUACGCUCUCGUACGCCACCGCCGCACUCAUAAAAAUCCAGCUGAUCGCCCUUUUAAGUGUAACCUCUGCGAUAAGGGAUUCCUUCAGCCGUCUCACCUGCUUUACCACCAGCAGGUUCACGGUAUGGAGAGUCUUUUCAAAUGUGCGUCCUGCCAGAAGUCUUUCAGCCAGUCAGGAGAACUGCUUAGGCACAAGUGUGGUGGUGAAGUGGAGAAGCCCUACAAGUGCGACGUGUGUGGCAAAGGCUACAAAAAGAAUUCGACUCUGCAGCGCCACCAGAACUCUCACUGCACAGAGAAACCGCUGAAAUGCUCCCUGUGCGACAAGCGCUUUGUUUCGUCGUCCGAGUUCGUCCAGCACCGUUGCGACCCGACCCGGGAGAAGCCACUGAAAUGUCCCGACUGUGAAAAGCGCUUCAGGUACUCGUCCGAGCUGCAGCGCCAUCGCCGAGUUCACACCGGGGAGAAGCCUUUCAAGUGCGCCAGCUGCGACAAGAGCUUCAAGCAGCGCGAGCACCUGGCCAAGCACCAGAGCGUGCACUCGCGGGAGACGCAGUUUAAGUGUGUAUGGUGUGGGGAGCGUUUUGUUGACCUCACAGCUUUGCAGGAGCACACGGUUCAACACACCGCAGAGGGGGAGAGUUUUUCUGAAGCUCCGUGCAUUCCAUGAGUUGUGACACUCUCCAGUCCCCGCGCUACAUUGUAGACUUCUUUCCUCUCAAAGCAACGUGUGCCAGCCUCCACUCACCCAUUUGUAGUUAAAAACGUUCACCCAUUAAUUAUCUUUGAUAAUUUCUAGUAAGACUUGUAAGACUCUGUUCAUCCUCAUCCCUCACCGAGUAAAAGGCAAAACACAGUAACUCAACAAAGUGGAUCAGGAUCCCUCUUCUUUCUGAACACGUGCAGGGUGUGAAAACGGUUUUUAACGUCACAUGUGGGAAGAUCUUGAUUUUGUCCAGUGCCGAGUGUGGGACCUUAUUCUGUGGUUGCAUGUGGUCGUCUGUUUUGUGGCUGUUGAUUCUGUUGUUGAGUGAGUGGAGAUGAAGUUUCAGGCAGUCGUCAGAUAACGGUUGUGCUCAUGUCAAGCUCCUUUUUAAAAAUCCACGUGCCUUUUUUUUUGUGUUUGUUUUGUUUUUAACCGAUCACUCCUCUUGUGUUUUUGUUCAUUUCAUGUCUCGUGUAGACGAAAAAAAAACCCUCCCGUCAGUAUGCAGCGGCUGGCUUGUGCAGCAGUAUAUUUUCACAUACUAGAUCUUAGGUAGUUAUCAUCUGUUUGUGCAUGAAUAUUUAUCACACUUGGAUAUCACUGUUGUAUUAUAGUUUUGGUUUAUUUAGGAGAUCAUUGUAAGAAGAAGAAGAAGAAGAAGAAAAAAAACAGUGGAUUUGUGAACAUGUAUAGCCUGUGUCCUAUGAAAUCUGUGUUGUUGCAUCUUUGUAUUAAAACAAUGACAUCUAGGUAACUAACCCAUACCUAUCAUGUCAUACAUACACUUGACAUGUGCAAUAGAAUAUGCACAAUGUAAUAUUUAUGACUACUGAUUCAUGGCAUAGUCAACUCUGUUAUAUUAUAGAUUUGUGUGUAUACGCUUAUGUAAACAUUGAAAAACUGUAUAGUGCUUAUGUUACAUGCUUUUGUAUUCACUAUGAAUGAGCUUGCUGUAUUUGGCAAGCACUUUAAUUUCAGUUCCCGAUCGAUUGUCACAACCCGACAAAACGAGCGUUGGCUUGCUUACUUGCCACAAACUAGCUGCAUUAGUUACUGUGUGAUAGAUCUAACAAAAGUAUUGUUUUUUUUCUCCAGUUAUUACUGCUUUAUUUUUAUUUUUUUGGAAGAAGAAUUGGCCUUGUAACAUCCUCCCGGGAUUCUAGCCUCUUCCUGGUCCAGACCACAAGUUCAGCAGAUGAAUAUACGUAGCCUCAAAGUUGCGACUUAUGUGUUGGUUCAAACCAGGGAUAAAGUAUAAAUGUGUGUACUUUA